AUGCACAUCUUGGUAGUAACGCUGUCAAUUCGACUUGGUUUUGCCAUCAACAAACACAACAGUGGCGCAAAAAUGAGCGUUUUUACCGUGCCUGUCGAUAAAAUAAAGCAAGAAAAGAAUGAUGAGGAAGAUAUCGAGGAAUUGCUGCCGGUGCACAAAGUGUUAUCCGAAAGCAAACUAUUGCAAGCAUCCGUCGAAGUGAUAGACAUUACCGAGAAUGAGUAUGAGAAUGAAUUCAAAGGCUUUCUAAACACACUGUCCGACCGGCGGCAUGAUAUCGAUGCAAGGCGUACCGGUACUAAAGCCAAAUCGAAAAGAGUGAAACAUGUUCUAUGUGUACCGGCACACUUUAUGUCCCACGUUCGUAUACACCAGGAUACGUUUGUAUGCGAACUGUUUCGUAUUAACUUUACCAACGCCAUGCUCUAUGGAACGUUAACAUCCAAACACUUCAAAGAUGAUGUUACCAUAUAUCAACUUGAUGAUGGUACUGCGAUAGUUUAUGUUUACCACCGGUUAUCCAACAACAAAAUGCUAGAUCAUCUGAACAAGCUAACCUGUUGCGAAGAGACUCUGCGAAGGAAACCAUCCCCGUUGAACGAAGAAUCGAUUCCAGCAUCAGUUGAGCUAAGGCGACAUCUCAGGUUGCUAAUAUCAAUGGCCAAAUGUCAGUGCCAUAAGCAGCUCGCUCGCUUAGAGCUAAGAACACGAUGUUUUGUUAUAGGACGUCCUUUCACGAGCAUCGAAGGCAAGGUAUCUGUAUUUGCUCAAACUAUACUGCCGGACGACGAGAUCGCCAAUUCCUGUGAGCUGUUCUGGAAGACCUAUCUGCUUGCGGUGUACGAACCCAUGCUUGAAAAUGUUAGCGACCAAAAUAAUUCCAGCUGA